UGUGAUGCCUGUCCAUCAGGAUGUCACUGCUACAGCCUGACUGUAGAGUGUGGAUCUCUAGGACUCAGAGAGAUCCCACAGAGAGUUCCUGACACAACACAGACAGUAUUCCUGCAGGAUAAUGCUAUUGUCCACAUCCGUCGUUUGGACCUUUCAGGGCUGGACCGGCUGCUCUACCUCUACCUGCAGAACAACAGCAUCUCAGCCUUGGAGCCUGGGGCUUUCCUGGCUCAGGGCCCGCUGAUAGAGUUAGCCCUCAAUGGAAACCUCAUCCACCUGCUAACCCCCGACACCUUCACCGGCCUGGUCCACCUCCGCAUCCUCUACUUGGCGGCCAAUCAGAUCACACGGCUGCAUGAUCACACCUUUACUGGGCUGCAGAGUCUACAGGAGCUACACCUCCAGGAGAACAGUAUAGAGGUGCUGGGUGACCAAGCUCUGGCUGGACUCUCCUCCCUGGCUCUCCUGGACCUCAGCAGGAAUCAGCUCCACACCCUCGGACCAGCUUCCCUACAGCCCCUCAUCAGCCUGCAGGUCCUCAGAGUCACAGAGAACCCGUGGCGGUGUGACUGUGCGCUCCAGUGGCUGAGGUCGUGGAUUGAUGCUGAGGGUCAGAGGUUUCUGAGCUGGUCAGAGCGUCGUCUGCUGUGUGCCGAACCCCCCCGCCUGGCCUACCUCAGUCUGCUGGAGGUGGCAGCUAAAAGCCUGGUGUGUAUCCCUCCUGUGUUACACCUGGAGCCCAGCCAUCUCACCGUGCAGCUGGGAGAGAGUCUCAGAGUGGCCUGUCAGGCCUCUGGAUACCCCCGGCCCCUGGUCACCUGGAGAAAGAUCUCAAUGGGCAGGGCACUGCUAGGGCCCAGAGGACUGCUGCAGGAGCUGGGAGGAGAGGGGGAGACAGGAGCUGGGAGGAGAGGGGGUGAAGAGGAGACAGGAGCUGGGAGGAGAGGGGGUGAAGAGGAGACAGGAAAGAGGAGGAGGGGUAGCAAGGGAUUGGAGGGGGGAGAGAGGGAGAGCUUCGACCCAGACACAGGAAGUGGAAUGCUGUACCUAAGCAACGUGACGGUGGCUCACGCAGGGCACUACGUGUGCGAGGCCUUGAACCCUGGGGGCGUAGCCCAUAUGACCUUUCACCUCGCCAUCAACAUGACAUCAUCAACCGCACUCUGGCCUCGGCUGCACUCCGCCUCGUCGUCCCUCUACCUGGGGGAGGUGGUCGGGGUCAACCAAGAGCCCCUGUACGAGGUGAGCAGUAUGGACUUCUCGGCUCUGGGCCCGGCCACUCAGACAGUCAUCGCAGUGAGCAUCUCUCUGCUGGUUCUGAUGGUUCUGCUUCUACUGCUUAUGAUCUACAGUCGCCAGCAGCAACACAAACAGCCAUUCUGCAGCAGUAGUAGAAGCAGCAGUAAGGAAGAGAGGAUCCUGUAUGUUAAUAACUACUCAGACGGCCCCACCUCCUUCUCUCAGCUGGAAGAGUACCAUGACGACGCUGGACACCAGAGGUACAUCCUCAACUGCUCCCGCCCCGGCUCCGCCCUGCCAACACAUGCAGGGCUCCUAGCCAAUCAGCAGGGGGGGCUGGUACUACAGGAAGGUAUUCAUGCCCAUGUUAGGAAGAUGGCCUACGAGAUCCACUGCUGAGAGGAGAUCCACUGAGGGGAGAGAUCUACUGCUGAGAGGAGAUCCACUGAGGGGAGAGAUCUACUGCUGAGAGGAGAUCCACUGAGGGG